CAAAACAUUAAAAAAGCGGAAAAUUUUACUCUAUAUUUAAAAGAAAGACCUUAAAAAUGUCUCCGGUUUUCACCAAAAUGUUAAUCGAUUUCAUUAACGAACACGAAGUUAUCGGUUACGAUAUAAUAUCGGAAUUACAUAAAUUCGAUUUGUAUAUCAAAGGUUUUAAGCAUCCCGCCUUUCCCUCCGAUGCCACACACCAAGAAGAUCCCAUUGAUUUGGAAUAUUAUCAAAAAUCCCUUAACAAUGAUCGCAUUAUAAUGGAUUAUGCCAACUAUUCAUGGAAUUCACGUGGCGAAAUGGUUUACAGUUGUCAACUGUGUAAGGAUAUAGAAAAUACUUCUUUGUGCAGGGAUUUCACCGCCAUGGAUGAUUUUCUGGGACAUGUGGAGGAAAUGCAUGCGUCGAGCAUAAAAAAAGAACAAGAGGAACAGUUAAUGGAUAAGAAAAGUGAAGAGCUGUGGGUGGGUGAAUUGGAGAGAAUGAAAAAGACUGAAUAUAAACGACACAGUGAAGAGUUUCUCAAGGAGAUCGAUGAGAUCCUGGGAGUUGAUGACUUUGAUGCAAAUGGCAUUCUAAAUUCAUUGGAUAGCAAUAAAUCCUGUGACAACGACAAUUCUACCGACAUUUUAUCAGAUUCCAGCAAAGAAAAUGCCUUAUCACCCUCCACAACCUCCCUAAACUCCAAAGCCUAUUCAAAGCCCUGCAAAUUGUCUAACCAUGAACGCCAGCAAAAGCGAAAAAAGAAAAGAACUUCGGGCCAAUGUGAGGUCUGCCAACGUACCUUUAACGACCUCUACAAUUUGCGUAUACACAAGAUGAUACAUACGGGCGAAAAGCCCUUCCAAUGCGAAGAGUGCGGCAAACGUUUUCGUCAAUACAAUAAACUGAAAAUCCACUGUAUUACCCAUACCAAUGAGAAACCCUAUAUUUGUGAUAUAUGCGGCAAGGGAUUUCGUUUUCGCAAUUAUUUAUCCGUGCACAAACGUUUGCAUUCGGGUGAGAAUCCCUACAAGUGUAAAUUUUGUGAGGAAUAUUUUCAUUCAUUACACUCCAGACGUUUGCAUACGAAAUUGUUGCACUGUGAGGCGAAAACUUACAGCUGUCCGAUUUGCGGCAAAGUCUUAACGGCUCAAUGCUAUUUGACGGCUCACAUGAAAAGACAUACGAAUCAAAGGGAUUUCAAAUGUGAGAUAUGUGGAAAAUGUUUUUUUAGUCAGUCCCAGCUGAAGGAUCAUCAGUUGGUGCAUACAAAUCUGAAGCCCUAUGAGUGUAAUGUUUGCAAUGCCCGUUUCCAGCGUAAAUCGAAUUAUACACAACAUUUGAAAAUACAUACGGGCGAGAAAUCGUAUGUGUGCAACAUAUGCAGUAAAUCAUUUGCCCAGAAUGCGGGUCUUUAUGGUCACAUGAAAUCGCAUGCGAAAUGAGAGAGAGAGCAAUCUGGACAGAAAGGUAGCACAAACUCAAUGUUAUACAUUUCUUUCUUUAACAAAUGUUGGUCCUUAUUUUAUCUGUACUUUAUGAUUAAAUUAAAAAGUGAUUCUGUGA